AUGCCUCCCACUUCAGAUCACAACGGCGUUACCCUCACACCAUCCCGCGCCUCAACCUCGCCAGAUGCCAACGCCACAGCCCUCGAUCUUGAAAAACAAGACACAGAAACUCAAUCCGCCCAUAAUGCCUCGCAUCCUAAUAAUACAACUCGCGCACGUGUUACAAGAACCCAAUCGAUCACAAGACGCGCUUCGAAUCGAAACCGCUUCACGCAUCCCUUGUCUCACGUCAAGACUUCCGAGGCUGAAAUUGUAGACUUUGAUGGAGAAGACGACCCUUAUAGGCCCAUCAAUUGGCCUUUUAGAAAGAAGGUUAUAACAACUUUGUUAUAUGGGCUAACGACUAUGGGCUCCACGUGGUCGACUAGUAUUUAUAGUCCAGCUGUCGCGCAAAUUUCUGAAGAAUAUGGGGUGGCAGACGAGGUGGGGAUUUUAGGUACUACAUUUUUACUUCUAGGAUUCGGGUUUGGGCCUUUAUUAUGGGCACCGUUGAGCGAAGUUUAUGGGAGGAAACCUGCAGUUUUGAUACCGUACUUUAUCGCUGCUUGCUUUUCAUUUGGCACAGCUACGGCAAAAGACCUACAGACCAUCUUGAUCACGCGCCUUUUCGCCGGAUUGUUUGGGUCAGCUCCAGUAACAAAUACUGGUGGAGUUCUUGGGGAUAUCUGGUCACCUAGCCAGAGAGGUACUGCUAUUGUAGGAUAUGCUUUUGCAGUAGUUGGCGGACCGACUCUCGGACCAAUUGUUGGAGGGGCUAUCGUCUCCAGCUACUUACGUUGGAGAUGGACUGAAUACAUCACUGGUAUCAUGCAGGUGUUCUUCCUCGUAAUGGACCUGAUCAUCCUCGACGAGUCUUAUCCGCCCGUCCUUCUUGUCAACAAAGCACGAAGGCUGCGGCACGAGUCUGGUAAUUGGGCUCUUCACGCUCACCAUGAAGAGUGGGAUGUUGGUCUGAAAGAAUUAGCUCACAAAUUCUUGUUGACUCCUUUUCGUCUCUUGGUCACUCCUAUUGCUUUUUGUGUUGCCUUGUACGCAUCCUUCGUAUAUGGUAUUCUGUAUCUAUGUUUAGCAGCAAUUCCUAUCCAAUUCGCCGAAGAAAGAGGUUGGGGUCCUGUAACCUCCGAGCUUCCCUUCCUCGCACUGCUACUCGGCACAAUCCUCGGUGGAGGUGCCAACGUCUUCAAUAACAAAUUCUACAUCCGCAAACUCCAGGCAAACAACAUGCGCGCUGUACCCGAAGCGCGCCUACCCCCGAUGAUGGUUGGCUCCGUCUUCUUCGCCGGCGGCCUCUUCAUCUUCGGCUGGACAUCCUACCGCCACGAUUUCUGGCUCGCACCAUGUAUCGGACUCGUAUGCAUGGGAUUCGGAUUCUUUACUAUUUUCCAAGCAGCGCUGAACUAUUUAAUUGACACAUUUCAAAGAUACUCUGCAAGUGCGGUUGCUGCAAAUACGUUUUUGAGGAGUAUAUUUGCGGCGGUGUUUCCGCUGUUUGUCACUCCCAUGUUCCAUAAUUUGGGAAUACCAUGGGCGAGCAGCUUACUAGGGUUCGUAGCCGUUGCGUUGAUUCCAAUUCCGUACCUGUUUUACAUUUAUGGACCGAGUAUCAGGAAGAGGGGAAAGUUUACUGCACAAGUCACGGGGUAUAAAUGGCCAUCCCAACAUGGGCGUGGCGACGAGCAAACCAUGGCCGCCGUGAAAGCCAUGCAAGCGGUGAUGGAAUCUUGCCCUGGGAAAACUGCAGUGUCCGGCGUAAUGGGCUUCGCCCUCGGCGGCGCCUUCGGUCUCUUCAUGGCCUCGAUGUCCUACGACACACCUCUAUCCACAAACCCAGUUGCAGCGAACAUACAAUCUCUACCAUUACGACAGCAGAUAAAACAAGGUUUCAAAGACCUCGGAACCCGCUCCCUAUCCUCAGCCAAGAACUUCGGCAAAGUCGGCGCCAUCUUCUCCGGCACCGAAUGCUGCAUCGAAGGCUUCCGCGCGAAGAACGAUCUCGCGAAUGGUGUUAUGGCUGGGUGUAUAACGGGGGGCGUGUUGGCUGCGCCGGCAGGCCCACAGGCUGCGUUGGUUGGGUGUGCGGGUUUCGCGGCGUUCAGUGCUGCUAUUGAUUCGUAUAUGAGGAGGCCUAGUGAUGGGGAUUAG